AUGGCGGAUGGAAAGAAAAUAUUAAUGCUGACCAACUCUGAGCAUGGUCAAGCAAACGUCUUUCUCGCCACUGCCCAUGAGUUGCUGCAACUCGAUCAGACGGCAAAAGUUUACAUUUGCUCCUUUCCAGCGCUUGGCCCAUCCGUGGACUCAAUUCGCGAGCUGAACAAGGAGAAGAAACCGGCUGCUUCCAGGCUCGAGUUCAUCAGCCUUUCUGAUGGCCCCUCGUGGAAGGAUGCCCUGUUUGGCAGGCCUGAGCAUCAAUUCCAAGAGCUCAACGAUAUUCGACCGACAGUCUGGAAUGUGGCCAAGGCCGCAAAGUUGACACGCAUUGCCUGCCCCUGGACCGCGGAAGAGCUUUGCAGCCUGGUCAAGGAGAUUGAAAAGAUUAUUGAAAACGUGGAUCCGGAUCUGACCGUCGUUGAUAAUCUCUUCACACCGGCCGUGACAAUCUGCUACAAGCUGAAGCCGCAAUGGAUGGUUCUGUCCCCAAACACUUACAAGGAGUUUGCGCUUGCCAAGCAGCCCAACCAGCAGUACUACUGGAAGUAUCCUCCGGACUUCAAGACCGCGAUCAACAAUCCCGUUCCCGGUACCUUGGUAUCAGAUGCCGUUGGUGUGAUGAAAAAGGCCAUUGAUACUGAUUAUGCCGACUGGGCCUACAUUUCCAUCAUCCCACCUGAAGGCCUCAAGGUGUUGCUAGCCUCGCGACCAGAAAUCGAUUUUCCGUUUGACGUCAAGCCCGAGCACAUGAUCCCCUGUGGUCCCAUCAUACGGCCCUCUAUGCCCAUUCAGGACGCCGACAGCGAGCUGGCUGGCUGGUUGGCCAAGCGGCCGACCGUCUUGGUGAAUCUGGGAACACACGCUUCAUACGACGAGCAGCACGCAAGAGGCAUGGCCGGUGCACUGGACCAGCUUCUGGAGGCUGCCAAAAAGGGCAAAAAGCCCAUCCAAGUGCUUUGGAAGCUAAACAAGCGCGACGGCUCAGAUCCUUCUGGAGAUUUGCUCAAGAGCUUCACGACGAAAUGGCCCGAGGACCUACGUGUCGUGUCUUGGCUAGAUGUGGAACCGACCAGCAUCUUGGAAUCUGGCCAUGUCCUAACAGGGAGGAAAAAAACCAGCGCCGGAGUGCCGCAGGUCAUCUUGCCCGUCUGGGGCGAUACGUAUGACUUUGCAAAGAGAGCCGAAUGGCUCGGCAUUGGCAAGUUUGGCAGCUGGAAUCACGCUCCAAAGGUUGAGGCGAAUGAGCUGGGUCGUGCGCUCAAGCAAGUUGUUCUCGGGCCUCAGUCAAGCAAGUUCCAAGCAAAGGCUACGGAACUGGCUACCUUGUGCAGAGGGAAUGGUGGAGGAAGACAUACUGCCGCACAGACAAUCUUGAAUGCGAUUGAGAAAUAG